CUCUUUCGACCACAGUUCUUCACUUGUCACUCGACGUAGUUGUCGAAAAGUUCUCGUAGCGAUUACCAGUCGAAUAAAUCCUCGAAAAUGAAGGCCUUGUACAAUUCUCUCUUCAAAAGGACCUCCACCUACGCCGUUGUCAUAAUGGCAUCUGCCUUUUUCUUCGAGCGCAGCUUCGAUAUGGUGUCCGAGUCGCUGUUCGAAACCGUGAACAAAGGAAAACUCUGGAAGGACAUCAAAGACAAGUACGAGCAGUGAGUCGAGGAGCCGAACGGAAUGGAUAGAAACUACGAGUUUUAGUCUAACUUUGCAACAUCUUAAUGUAUUUGCGUUUAAGACAAAAUAAAUAAAGUUUACAAUAAC